AUGUCCCCCGACUUUGCCUUCCAUGACGUCUCUAACGACGCCAUCAAGGCGAUGACGCCGAGUGAGGCUCUGCAAAAGCAUCUUGAGAAUGCGCAGCUAGCGCAUCGCGUGUGUGUCGCCAAGGCUCUGAAGGCUGAUGAGCCGCCGGUGGAAAAGUGCGCCUUGACGUGGGGCGAAGUGCUUAUCCGCUAUCAGGCAUGGGCAGAGUACCGCCCACCUUUUCAGGAUAGCGUCGCCCAGUCCAAAUACAAGAAGUACUGGACGAAGAAGCGCCAGGCCGAGGAUGAUAAGAGCCCCUUCAAAUAA